UCAUGACUUACAGGGACAUUUUGCUACAGACCGAACGGUGACAAAAAUCAAGGAACUUUAUUGGUUUCCUCGGAUGAAGCGCUACGUGGACCAGCACAUCCGUAUGUGUUUUGAAUGUCUAAUCACAAAGGUACCAGGAGGAAAGAAGCCUGGGCUUCUGCACUCGAUACCACCUGGGAAGAGACCAUUUCAAGUUGUUCAUGUGGACCACGUUGGUCCGUUUGUGAGAAGUUCCAAGAAGAACCAGUGGAUAUUGGUGCUGGUGGACAAUCUGACCAAGUUUGUGCGCCUCUACCCUGUGCGCGACACCUCGGUGAGAAAUGUACUGCGGUGUAUGCAGAACUUCAUAACAGAGUUUGGACUACCGGAGCGCAUCAUCUCGGACCGUGGUUCCUGUUUCACGUCCCACGGCUUCGAAGCCUUCUGUCAGGAAAAUGGUGUGGCUCACACACUGAACUCGGCACACCAUCCAAGGGCUAAUGGCCAGGUGGAGCGUGUGAACCGAACUCUGGUACCGUGUAUUAUGGCUACAAUCAAGGACCCAGCUCACAAAGAUUGGGAUCAGAAGAUCAAGGAGGUAGAAAGUUACCUAAAUACUGCUUACAAUGCCUCAACAGGGACUAGCCCUUUCAAGCUCUUGCAUGGAUAUCAACCAAGGAUGCAGGAUGGUAUCCUCAGAUGGCUGAACACUGAGAAUAACGAGUGGGUCUGCCCGGAGCAACUUCAAGAGAUGGCUCAAAAGGACAUAGCGAGCCAGCAAGCAAGGUCGAAGCAGUACUUCGACAAGCGUCACUUCACAGCGGACAAGUUGAGUGUUGGAGACAUAGUGGUCAUGCGCUGCGUUCCAGAGCACACUGGUGCCCCAACAAAAACCCAGAAGAAGUUCAGAGGUCCACUCACUGUGAUAGAAGUACUUCCAGCAGACACCUACAGAGUGACCGAGAUGAACGGAAGGAAAAGGGUCUACUCGACAACUGCCCACAUCAGCCAACUGAAGAGAUGGGGUGGAAGAUGCCAGGAACAGUUCGACCAGUCAAGCUCCGACGAGGAAGAAAGCGUGCCGAGAUGUAGCACACGUGUGUCCAAAAGACCUGCGUAUCUUCGGGACUACACCACAUGA